CAAUUCCCAAAUCUGAAGAGACGGGGAUCUGGCGGGAGGGAGAGACUGAAUCAAAGCUGCGAGAGGAAAGCGAGGCGACGACCAGUGCAUGCGCCUCCUCGAUCCCGAUUGAAGCAUUGAUUGUUUUCGAAAAUCGAUCGGGCGCUCGGUAGUUGAAAUCGCACCUCGAAGCCUUACAAAUAGUAGUACGGCUUCCGUGCCUCGAGCUUGGGCCGUUCGACGAACCCCACCGCCACCUCCCAUGGCCGCCGCCGCCCACCACGACGCCGUCCUACGACGGGCAGACGGCCAUGGCGCUCCGCCUCACCAAGGACUCCUCUGCCGCCGCGCGGCCGGCAAGAACGUCGCGUUCUCGCCCGUCUCCAUCGACGCCUCGGGCGGCGGGCUCAAUAAGGCGUUCCAGGAUGUCGCCGCCAAGUCCUACAAGUCUGAGGCACGCACCGUCAGCUUCACCAAGAAGCCCGAGGAAGCAGUGGAGAUGAUCAACUGCUGGGUUAAGAAGGCCACCAACGGUCUCGUCGAGUGCAUCUUCUCCCCCGCCGACACCGACCUGGUGCUUGCCAACGCGGUCUACUUCAAGGGCAAGUGGCUCAAUCCGUUCGAAUCGCACAACACGCGGGCGGACAAGUUCCACCGGCUCGACGGCAGCCACGUCGAGGCAGAUUUCUUGUGGGAGUUCCACUCGAUGUACGUCUCGUACAUGGACGGGUUCAAGGUCCUCAAGCUCCCCUACCGAAAAGGGCACUGCUCCUCGGAUGACGAUACGAUGUCGACGCGGUCCUCCAUGUUCGUCUUCCUUCCAGACAAUCGUGAUGGCAUGGCAACCAUGGUGGACGUGAUCACCGCGGCGCCGGCUUACCUAUACAGCCUCCUGCCCACGGAAACCAAGCCCGUCAGGCUCAAGCUACCCAAGUUCGAGAUAUCCUUCAACUGGGACGACUUCAGCGGCGACCUCUGUCGCCUGGGGCUCUCACUGCCUUUCUUGCCGAAGGUGGCCGACCUUCGAGGCAUGUUCGCCAAGAACGACGGGCGGCCGACGUUCCUAAGCAAGGUUGCGCACAAGGCAGUUGUCAAGGUGAACGAGGAAGGGACCGAGGCGGCGGCGGUGUAUGGUGCCCUCUUGGGUGGCGGUGGCCCGCCACCGGACACGGUCGAGUUCGUGGCUGACCAUCCUUUCACUUUCCUCAUCAUGGAGGAGAUUUCAGGGGUGAUAGUCUUCGCUGGGCACGUCAUUGAUCCUACCCGCAAGUGAUCGACGUGUAGAUCGACUCAAGAAACUCGGAUGAUUAAUUAGUGAUCAUCUAUAUAUUGUGUUGGCUGUUCUGCUAUUACUCUAGCUACCUGCAUGCGUGCUGUUUUAUUUGCGAAAUUGAGUAUGACUGUCUGCAGAAAUCUCAUUAUUGGAUUGCAUCAGCUUUGUUAAGAUGAA